AGGUCAGGCGGAGGCGCAGCGGCAGCGGCGGCGGCGGCGGCGGCUCCCGGGCCAGGGGGGUGCUAAGGACGCGGACUUUGCCGAAGAACUGGAGCGCCCGCCGGUCCGGCUCGGGACCGAGCACCCACCGGCGGGGCUAGGGGACGGCACGGCAGGGCAGGGCAGGGCAGGGCACGGGGAAGCGGAACGACCGCCGCUCGGCCGGCCGGGUACACGCGGACCCCAAAACGCUGGGAAGCGACCGGAGCUGCCAGCCCGAGGGAGAGAAGAGCAGGGGGAGGAGGCAGGGCUAGGAAGGAGAGCGCGAGCCUGCCGGCCCCCCUCCUCUACCCCUGAAGUGCGGGUGCGGGCUCCCUCUUCCUGACACCCCCUUAGCGGUGCUCCCAGAGGAGAAGCGGCCCGACGGCCGCACUCCGUGACCGCGGGGAUUUGCCUGGCGUGAGGUGAUGGACCAUUCAAUCCAUAGAGGCGAGCUGCUAGCUGCAAUCAAUGAUCGAUCUCUGGUGGAAGAGGAGGACCCUCACAUGAAAGUAUCUCUUGUUAACAGCGACAUGGGCAUGUCUGCCCACCUGCAGUCAUCCAAGGCAGGAACUACACGGUUUUUCACGAGCAAUACCCAUAGUUCUGUGGUGUUACAGGGCUUUGACCAGCUCCGUGUCGAAGGAUUGCUUUGUGAUGUGAGCCUCGUCCCUGGAGAUGGAGACGAAGCCUUUCCUGUUCAUAGGGCCAUGAUGGCAUCUGCUAGUGAUUACUUCAAGGCUAUGUUCACAGGUGGCAUGAAAGAACAAGAUUUAAUGUGCAUUAAGCUCCAUGGGGUGAAUAAAGUUGGGCUGAAGAAAAUCAUUGAUUUCAUUUAUACUGCAAAACUCUCUCUCAAUAUGGACAACCUUCAGGAUACGCUCGAAGCCGCAAGCUUCCUCCAGAUUCUGCCGGUCCUGGACUUCUGCAAGGUGUUUCUGAUAUCGGGGGUCUCUUUAGACAACUGUGUUGAAGUGGGACGCAUUGCCAACACCUACAACCUCGCAGAAGUGGACAAAUAUGUGAACAACUUCAUCCGGCAGAACUUCCCUGCCGUCCUGAACAGCGGUGAGUUUGUGAAGCUCCCCUUUGAGCGGUUGGCCUUUGUGCUUUCCAGCAAUAGCCUUAAGCACUGCAGUGAGCUUGAUCUCUUCAAAGCCGCCUGUCGCUGGCUCCGCUCGGACGAAUUGCGGAUGGAGUUCGCUUCCAAACUAAUGAAGAAUAUUCGCUUUCCCCUGAUGACACCACAAGAUCUCAUUAAUUACGUGCAAACUGUGGACUUUAUGAGAACGGACAAUACUUGUGUGAACUUGCUUCUAGAAGCCAGCAACUACCAAAUGAUGCCCUACAUGCAGCCCGUGAUGCAGUCAGAGAGGACCGCCAUCCGCUCCGACAGUACUCACCUGGUGACCUUGGGAGGCGUCCUGAGACAGCAGCUAGUGGUCAGCAAGGAAUUGAGAAUGUAUGAUGAGAAGUCCCAUGAAUGGAAAUCUCUAGCCCCCAUGGAUGCCCCGAGAUACCAGCAUGGCAUCGCAGUCAUUGGAAACUUCCUCUAUGUCGUUGGCGGCCAGAGUAAUUACGACACAAAAGGCAAAACAGCCGUUGACACGGUCUUCAGAUUCGAUCCUCGUUACAAUAAAUGGAUGCAAGUGGCAUCGCUGAAUGAAAAGCGCACCUUCUUUCACCUGAGUGCCCUCAAGGGCCAUCUGUAUGCCGUGGGUGGCCGCAACGCAGCUGGGGAACUGGCCACAGUGGAGUGUUACAACCCAAGGAUGAAUGAAUGGAGCUAUGUUGCCAAGAUGAACGAGCCCCACUAUGGCCAUGCUGGUACCGUGUAUGGAGGGAUGAUGUAUAUUUCAGGAGGAAUAACUCAUGACACUUUCCAAAAAGAGCUCAUGUGCUUUGACCCAGACACAGACAAGUGGACUCAGAAAGCUCCUAUGACCACGGUCAGAGGCCUGCACUGCAUGUGCACCGUCGGAGAAAAGCUUUACGUGAUUGGUGGAAACCACUUUAGAGGAACCAGUGAUUACGAUGAUGUUCUCAGCUGUGAAUACUACUCUCCAGCACUUGAUCAGUGGACUCCAAUUGCUGCUAUGUUAAGAGGGCAGAGUGAUGUUGGGGUUGCUGUGUUUGAAAAUAAAAUCUAUGUGGUGGGUGGGUACUCUUGGAACAACCGCUGUAUGGUAGAGAUAGUCCAGAAGUAUGAUCCAGAAAAGGAUGAGUGGCACAAAGUUUUUGACCUCCCCGAAUCUCUUGGUGGGAUCCGAGCUUGCACCCUCACGGUUUUUCCUCCCGAAGAUGCCGCAGGGUCCCCUUCUCGAGAGUCACCUCUGUCAGCCCCUUAGCCUCUGGGCCGCCAUCCUCUCUGGAUCUGGGGCUGGGGGUUCUCUUCCUCUUCUUGUUGCUUGCGUUGUUCUUAAGUAGUAUUCGUUAGGACCCGUGACUGGCAAACAAGCAGCGUUGAUGUUAUUUGUGGUGUUUGUUUAUUGUAGAAUGUUUAUCUGUGGUUAUAACGUGUAUUCAUCAGAGCCAAAUGUUUAACCAAUGAAAAAGCAAGGUAUUGUCUUUCAGCUGUUUUGCUUCUGUGGAUCCCUACUUUGUACAUCAGUGGGGUGGGCUUCUGGGAGGAAGCCCAACCAGUCACUUUGGCUGUGGGAUGUUGUCGCCCAUGUGUAACCACAUUUUCUGUGCUUUAAGAUGGAAAGGUGUUUGCUACUGGUUUUUUGACUGUGAGGGAGGCCAUCUGGAUGAGCUGCCUCCCUCUGUUCAUGAAGUACUUUGGCCAUCUUUCUCUCUCUCUCUCUCUCUCUCUCUCUCUCUCUCGCUCGCUCUCUCGCUCUCUCGUUCUCUCGCUUUCUCUCUCGCUCUCUUGCUCAGCCCACCUGACUGGAAGUUGCUUAGACAGACAGGAGAACUCCUUGUAAAAACGUACUACCAGAAAGCAGCACAGUCUCAUCCUCAAAGCCAGGCUCUGGGCUGCCAUCAUGGGCAUCAUGUCAGUACAAACAUAAGACAUUCUAAGUUUUAAAAAUUGGAUAGCACUUCAAAUAAAUACAAAAAAUUGUCAAAAUCUUCUUCCAAGAAGCAAUUGCCAUUUAUACCAACUGAUGACCUUUGGGCAGUCAGCCCACCUAUAUUGAAUGUCAGGGCGUAGGGCCAGAAGCAUGUUCAUCCUGAGCAGAUAGAUUUGUCCUGGCCUCAUUGUCCCUUCGGCCCCCAUGAAUCCUCCUUGUUCUCCCUGGCUGUUGACGUAACUUUACGUAUUCCAUGUCCUUUCCACAGUCGCUGUUAAUAAGGUUAUUUAGCACAAGGUACAUUUUGAGCAAGAGAGCUGCUUUUCUCUGUGAACUCAGACUUCCAUGUUUUAUCUUUUGUUCAAUAAAACUUUUAAUGUCA